CAUAACCCAACGGACAGCUGAACGGCAGAUCUCCUCCUCUGAUAGUUCUGCGUGCAACAGAUCUUGAUCACGAACGCACUCGAAUAUUGUAAAUGGAAUAUUGAUGAUGUUCUAAUGGCCACUAUUUCGGGCAAGAAUCGAAUUCAAUCAGCGAAUGAGAAGCGUGGACGAUGGCUGCGAUCUGUAGAGCUCUUGUUGUUGGACUGCUGCUCUGCAGUGCCUGGCGCCUGCUGGAGGGACAAAAGUCCCUGAGUUCGCUGCUCUUCCGGCGGAUUGUCACCGACUACAACAGCAAAUAUCUGUCGCACUACGAGGCGUCGGUGAGUGCGGACUAUACGACCGUGAAUUUUACCCUACAUUUAAUACGGACCAUCACGGUGGAUAUCUGGCUGCGGGCCACGUUGGCCCAGCGCGUGUCCAAGAGGGAGAACAGCUACCGGAACGUCUUCACCUACAAUGUCAAUCUGUGCCACAUCUUGGGCAAGGCCAGGGGCCAGAGCAUCAUCAAUUUCUGGCUGGAAAACGUCAUGAGGGACUCCAAUAUGCCCAAGCAGUGUCUCCUGAAGGAGGGAAACUAUACCAUGCUGAAUAUUCAGUCGGAUAAGGAGACCAUACCCCGAUUCGUGCGCUCGGGGAGCUUCAGCAUCGACUCCAAUCUGUACAUGAGGGAGUGGCACAACGAUAACCUGACAAACACCGUCUUCUAUGUGGAUAUCAGAAUGAAGUGA